AAAAAUAUUACGAUUUUUCAUAUUUCCUCCUCCAAAUAUAAUAAUAACGAGAAUCCUUCCUUGCACUAGAAGCACGAAACCUAUUUCUCACUGUCUAGCAAAGCGUACUGAUGCAAAAAGGGUGGAAUUGUGCUUUUUUGCCGUGUGAGGACCAUCCAACCCAAAAGAAACGCAAAGCAUAAAUUAAAUUGAAAAUGCAUACAUAAUAAUAAUAGAACCUCCUUCUUUUACACUCUCCUAAAGCUGAAUUCUCAUAUAGAUAAUAAAAUCAUCAAUCUAUUCUCUUCAGAACAACACUAACAUUAAUUCCUUUCUUCGAUAUGGGACACUGCUUCAGCAAAUCCCACGACCACGACAACAGAGUACCUAUCUCCUAUGAAUAUGAUUCCCCACCACCUCACCACCACCACCAACUGCCACAAAGAACCCAACAACAACAACCUCGACCUCAACCUCAACCUCAACCUCGUUACCGUGCUACAAACUCAGACCCAACUUCAUCAUUUGCUUCAUCAUCAUUAUCAUCUAGUGAAAAACCAAUACUAGACAAACCAUACAUUGACGUGAACUCUCUCUACACUUUUGGCAAGGAACUUGGAAGGGGACAAUUUGGUGUCACUUAUCUCUGCGUCGAGAAAUCCACUGGACGCAAAUUUGCUUGUAAAUCCAUUCCCAAGCGAAAGCUAACUAGAAAGAAGGAGAUUCAGGAUGUUAAGAGGGAAAUCAUGAUCCUGCAGCAUCUAACAGGACAACCCAACAUCGUUGAGUUCAAGGGUGCUUAUGAGGACCGGCAGAGCGUGCAUUUGGUGAUGGAGUUGUGUUAUGGUGGUGAGCUUUUUGAUAGGAUCACCGCAAAGGGUAGUUACUCUGAGCGUGAAGCUGCUUCCACAUUCAGGCAAAUUGUGAAUGUGGUUCAUGCUUGUCAUUUUAUGGGGGUGAUGCAUAGGGACCUCAAGCCAGAGAAUUUCUUGAUGGUUAGUAAGGAUGAUAAGGCACCUUUGAAAGCCACCGAUUUUGGAUUGUCCGUCUUCAUUGAAGAAGGUAAAGUGUAUAGAGAAAUUGUGGGAAGUCCAUACUAUGUGGCUCCAGAGGUGUUAAAACGGAACUAUGGAAAGGAGAUAGAUGUGUGGAGCGCAGGAAUCAUUUUAUACAUCCUCCUCAGUGGGGUGCCUCCAUUUUGGGCUGAAACCGAAAAAGGCAUAUUUGAAGCUAUUUUGGAAGCUAAGCUUGAUCUGGAGAGCGCACCAUGGCCUUCUAUUUCAGCUGUUGCAAAAGAUUUGAUCAGAAAAAUGUUGACUUAUGACCCUAAGAAACGCAUUUCAGCUUCUGAAGCCCUUGAACAUCCAUGGAUGAAGGAAGGUGGUGAAGCAUCUGACAAGCCUCUAGACAAUGCUGUUUUAAUUAGGAUGAAACAGUUCAGAGCAAUGAACAAGAUGAAGAAACUUGCCUUAAAGGUAAUAGCAGAAAACCUGUCAGAGGAGGAAAUCAAGGGGUUGAAACAAAUGUUCAACAACAUGGACACUGAUCGCAGUGGCACAAUCACAUAUGAAGAACUAAAAUCUGGAUUGUCCAAACUGGGAUCCAAGCUUAGUGAAUCUGAAAUAAAACAGCUAAUGGACGCUGCUGAUGUUGACAAGAGUGGAACUAUUGACUAUCACGAAUUUAUUACUGCCACUAUAAAUCGGCAUAAACUUGAAAAGGAAGAGAAUUUGUUCAAGGCUUUUCAAUACUUUGACAAGGAUAACAGCGGUUAUAUAACAAGAGAUGAACUUAGACAUGCUUUGACUGAAUAUCACCUGGGAGAUGAAGCGGCUAUAGAUGAAGUCAUCGAUGAUGUGGACACUGACAAUGAUGGAAGGAUUAAUUACCAGGAGUUUGUAGCUAUGAUGAGAAAGGGGACACUUGAUCAUGAUGAGAAAGAGAAACCACGAUAAUGGUGAUGUAUUGAAAAGGAAAACAGAGCCGUUUCUGGAUUUUUCUUGCUGUUUUAUUCUCUCUUGAGUUGGCAAGCGUGUGUACUUGAGUACUUCUGUAAAAUUUCAGGGCACUGGAAAUGCAAAACUUUGUAUACCUGUUGUGAUAAAUUAAAAAGAUAUACCGAUGCAUAAAUAAAGUUAAAAUUCCAAGA